UUUUCACCUGCAACAGUUGCACUGAUAUUGUUUCAAUGAAUCUUGUAAGGUUUAUGAACAAUCGAGCACCAGCUAAUAAGAGGUAUCAGCCGACAGAUUAUGAGCACGCAGCUAACUGUGCCACACAUGCACUCUGGAUCCUUCCAAGCAUCGUUGGUGGAGUUUUGCUGUACUUCCUGUCUGAUGAUCACUGGGAGGAGAUUGCAGCGUGGCUGUAUGGCGCCGGACUGUCAAGCCUUUUUAUUAUUUCCACAGCCUUCCACACCAUCACCUGGAAGAAAAGCCAUCUCCGAUCAGUCGAGCACUGUUUUCACAUGUGUGACCGGAUGGUGAUCUAUUUCUUCAUUGCUGCAUCCUACACACCCUGGCUGACGUUAAGAGAACUUGGUCCAUGGGCUGCUCACAUGCGCUGGGUGGUCUGGGUGAUGGCAUCUGGAGGAACAGCAUACGUCUUCUUUUUCCAUGAGAAGUAUAAAGUAGUCGAGCUGGUCUGCUACACGUCAGUGGGAGUGUUUCCAUCCAUGGUUAUUCUUUCUAUGGCCGACAGGUCGGGUCUGUGCGAGCUGUUGGUUGGUGGUGGGUGUUACGUGUUGGGGAUGGUGUUCUUUAAAAGUGAUGGAGUGGUGCCAUUCGCACAUGCCAUAUGGCACCUGUUUGUCGCCAUGGGGGCGGGCAUCCAUUACUACGCUAUCUGGAAGUACCUGUACACACCUGGCAAUCAACAGACCAGCACCGCCCGGUGA